CCGCCCGCAGUCGCCCGCCAUGCUGCUGCGGCCAAUUUGGAGCCGGGCAACCCGGGCCCUGGCCCGUAUGGGGUCAGGGGGCCCCGCACCAGGCCCGGGGCCGCCGCAGGGGGGGCCGCGCCGGGCCAGGCCUCGGGAUGAAGACAGAGGACAUGAGAAAAUGAAAAAAUCAGUGAUCUGUAUCGAGGGCAAUAUUGCAAGUGGGAAGACGACAUGCCUGGAAUUCUUCUCCAACGCCGCAGGCAUUGAGGUGUUAGUGGAACCUGUCUCCAAGUGGAGGAACGUCCGAGGUCAUAAUCCUCUGGGUCUAAUGUACCAGGAUGCCUGUCGCUGGGGCCUCACGCUGCAGACCUACGUGCAGCUCACCAUGCUGGAGCAGCACAUUCAGCCUCAGAUGUCACCUGUGCGGCUGAUGGAGCGGUCAAUUCACAGCGCAAAAUACGUUUUUGUUGAAAACCUAUAUAGAAGUGGGAAGAUGCCUGAAGUGGACUAUGUGGUUCUGUCAGAAUGGUUUGACUGGAUCACGGUACACAUGGACGUGGCUAUGGAUCUUAUUGGCACUGUGGUUUGCAGUGCUGUCCUGAAGUAUGAUAUGUAUGUUUAUCUCCAGACCACUCCUGAGACCUGUUACCAGAGGUUAAAGAUGAGAUGCAGAGAGGAGGAGAAGAUCAUUCCACUGGAAUACCUGGAUGCUAUUCACCACCUCUAUGAGGAGUGGCUGGUGAAGGGAGGCCCAUUUCCAGUGCCGGCCCCUGUUCUGGUGCUUGAGGCUGACCACGAUAUGAAGAAUAUGUUAGAACUCUUGGAACGAAACCGGGAGCGGAUAUUAGCUGCAGGAAGUCAGCAUCAUGGUCCAUAGGGCAGAAGACAUCAUGGCAGGAGCCUGUCCACUGCUGCCUGCUUAGCUGUUAGUAAGGUAUCUGGAAAACUCUCAGAAGGCUCUGCCUGUCUAGGCUAGUUUUUCCUAAUGGCCUUCCUCCUUGCUGCCCCCAUUGGGGAGCAUCAGAGAGCACCCACGGGCUUGUUCUCCUCUUUGAGACUCCCAGUUCUGCAGUGCUGAACCUUAGCUGUGCCUGCUUUGUUCAGAAAAGACCCACCUGAGUUUUCACUGCCCCCUGGUCUGAUCCUCUAUCCUCCCGGGGAGAGGGGAGGAGGCUGAAACUCAGGGACUCCGCAGGGCCCUGCAGCUAGAGACCAUGAUGGACUCCCCUAGACAUUCUAUAGACCCAGACAACCUUGGCCUCAGCACCGACCUCCUCACCCUGACCUAUGGGGAGACCCUAGAGCAGCUGGGGCUGGUGCCCUGAAACUCUCCUCUCAGCAACAAUCCACAUCUCCAGACUUUCCAGAAUUUCGCUGCUCCAUCAGCCUCCAGCUGCUUCCCGGCAGAACGUGGUGUUCCUGUGGCGCCCUCUGGACCCGAUGUCCCUGAGUGUCACAGCCAGGCUCCUGGCUUGGUCUCCAUGGUGACCAAGGACUUUGCAUUAGCAGCAACCUCUGUGACUGGGAAAUGGCUUUGAGAGCUUGGCUGAUGGGGAGAGGGGUGGGGGCUCAUGUACUCAGGCUCCCUGGCCCACCCUUGCUUGCACAAGGACUUUCAGGUGAGACAAGGCUGUGGCACCUCAAGUCUUUUGUCAUGUUUAAUCACCUGG